UCUUGUGCCAUCGUCAGCGCGUGCAAGAUUGUAGGGUCAGCGGCCAGAAAGGAGCCAAACAAAUCCAUUGAAUCACAUGUUGUUUUUAAAGUUUGCAUAAGUUCUCCACUGGACUCAAAACAAAGAACUAAACGAGAGAUUAGAGGCAAGUUUCAAGUGCCACUAGAUAUCGUUUGAAGUCGAGCCAUCGUUUUCCAAAGUAUUUGUGUAUUUCUGUUGCUUGAAAUUUUGCAGCCGUUUUCUGACGUAAAUAGUUGCCCUUGUUAUCUUUUUAAUUGUUUCACUGACGGAUUUGAGUACCUGCCCUUCCAAUUUGAAGAGUUAUGUUUUAAAAACUUUAAAGAAUCAGACAAAGAACUGAAACACUAGAUCUAGAUAACUGUUUCCUUUUUCACAAAGAACCAAAUACGUAUUCUGACGAGUUUGGGCUAAGGUUGAACUGACUGAAUACAUAAAAAAAGGGAAAAAAGAAGAAGAAAACACGAACAAAAUACCCAAAACAGAAACGGGCACUAAUUUUUUAAAAAAGAAUUAAAACCCAGCAUUUCAUUCUAAAAAAAAAAAAAGAAAGAAAAAAGAGUGAGAUAUAAUAUCAGGGACUUACUUUGUGACUCUCAUAUAUUCACUGCCACUAACUGUAGGCCUAUUUGUCCUGCACAGAACGAAAUCAAAACGCUAUUUACCAACUACAGGAUGUCUCACUCAAGCAUGUCACCACUUUCUGUUCGGACUUUCGUCUUGGUAGCAGGACUUGCCGUGAUUUCGUUCUCUGUCGUUGCUGAUGCCUGCUUUAUUCGGAACUGUCCUAAAGGAGGCAAGAGAUCAAUGGACAUGCAGCUUCUUGGACAGCGACAGUGCAUGGCGUGUGGUCCUGACGGGAUCGGCCAGUGUGUAGGCCCCAACAUCUGCUGCAGUCCACAUUUUGGUUGCCAUAUUGGCACACCAGAAACGGAAAUAUGCCAGAAAGAAAAUCAGAGUACUUCCCCUUGCAGUGUCCGAGGUGAGACGUGCGGAUACCGAGACUCAGGAAACUGCGUGGCUAACGGAAUUUGCUGUGAUUCAGAAUCAUGUGCCGCAAAUGACAGAUGCCGACUUCGAAAGGAAACGUCUAGAAUCGGCUUUGAUGACACACAGAGCUCACGCGCCGAAGUGCUCAAGUUGAUACAAAAAUUACUCCGCGCUAAGGAGGAAGACUGACACUGUAUCCACAAAACACGUCACAGUGUCCCACUCAACGUCAUUUCCGGCAAAGACAACUCUAAGUGCCCAGUGACGUGAGGAGCCAAAACGGGAUUACUUUUUCUUGUGAUUGUUUUCGCUUUUUAUUUGUUUUUUCUGAAGUUCACUGUCAACUUGCUUUGGGACAACUACCUUUCUGUGAAUAAUUCGGAGAAAGACGGGAGUAUCUAUUAGGACUAGGAGACAAAGAAGUACUGUAUGAGUCAUGUGUGCAAGGGUAUUAAAAUUUAAAAAAGAUAAAACGUUUUUGUGGCUUGCUGCUACUCGCAAUGUCAAUUAUUAUCUUUCAUCGCUCGGAGUUAACAAAGGCUGUUGAGGGCCACCCUGUUUCUGGAUGUUCUGAUAAAGAAAUACUCUUGACUUCAAAGACCCAAAGCAGUGGAAGCAGAAUAAACAACCUUAGUUGCGAGUCUCUCGUCUCACCAAAUUACGUAGGAUGCCUCGGGAAAACAAGGUGUGAUGAAUGAGAAUGGAAUCCUGAGCAAAAUGGUUAGAACGGUUAUUGACAGCCACAAUGGCACAUUGGACAUAGAAGAAAGAUUUAUAGACAGUACUCAUGACUCAGUACGCAAUAUCACUACUUUUUAACUUAGCUCAUUUAACAUGAAAGAAAGAGUAGAAGUGAGUUGAUAUAGGUGGAGGGGAGGUACACUCUUUUGAGAAAAUAGGAGGCGUUAGUCACAACACGUACUUAUUUUUUAAAAAGAAAUAGGCACUCCUUCUUUUGUUCAGUGGGAGGGGCUAAAUUGUGUUUGAGGCCCGUAUGUCAUCUUCUGUGGCGAGCAGUUUUUGUCUUAUGAUGAAAACUGUCAGGCGAUAAAUACUACUUGAAUUUGUAUCCGAUGAUCCAUGAUUGUAUAAAAAAAACAAACGAAGGGCAUCUCCAAGAGUUCAGCUGUCUCAUAUUAUGUCCUGUUGUGUUCAAUACUGCCACAGAUCACGAAUAAUGUAUUUCAUGUGCACUUCAGUAUCCAUCUUUAAUUAGAAAGAAAAACAAAACAAACAAAUGGAAAGAAGAUUGAGCGGUUCAGGUGUACCAUAUCGGCAAUGAAGUCGCUAAGAAAUGUUUAUGAAAGGGAGUUUAAAAACACAGAAGGAUUAAUCUAGAGGGUAUAAAGGGGUGGGGAUGGGGGUUGAUAUGGAAAUAAAAACAAGAAAAGAAGACCAGCAAAGGAUAUUAUGAAAAAAAUGGUUAAUUAACGAUGUUUCGGAUAUCCAUGUCUGAACAAGGGAAGUAAGUCUGGUAAAUUGUGGCAUAAUCUAAAGCUUGCUUUAAAAUUGAAUUGCUUCCCUUUAAUUAAAAAUGUGUUGGUUUUUUUCUCAAAA